GGGAGCCAGGGGCGCGCGAGGAGGUCUGGACGCUUAGGCCACACGGUGAGAUAGGGCCGAGACCGCCUCAUGUGUCGGGCCUCCUCUGUGUUUUGGUCCCCACCGACCCCCAUCCUCCCAGCAUCAGUGGGAUGUCCCAGGUGUGUCUCCUCUUGGCCUUGCUUAUGCUCUGCAGCUGCACAAAGGUCUCCACUACCAACUCCCUGGAGCUUGUGAAGGAGCAGUGGAGCAGCUACAAAAACAAUUGCCUGGACUACCUCAACGCCACGCCCCCCGCCACAGGGCUGGUGUGUAACAGGACCUUUGACCUGUACGUCUGCUGGCCUGAUGGACUCCCAGGAACCACUGUCAAUGUCUCCUGCCCAUGGUUCCUGCCAUGGUACCAUAAAGUUCAGCAGGGUUUGGUCUACAGAGUCUGCAAUGAAGAUGGUCAAUGGGCAAAAAAGAAUACCAGCGAAUGUGAAGACGACCCCGGUGAGCAGCAGUAUGGUCGCAUCCUCAGUCAGUUACGGAUCAUGUACACAGUGGGCUACUCGCUCUCCCUGGGAGCCCUGCUGCUGGCCUUGGGAAUCCUCAUCACCUUCAGGAAGCUCCACUGUAUGAGGAACAACAUCCACAUGAACCUAUUUGCCUCCUUCAUCCUGAGAGCCGUGUCCAUCCUGGUCAAAGACGCCCUGCUGACCGUCACGCUGGACCCCAGGAGCAGCAAUGACACACGGACACAAGCCUGGGUCAACAUACCGGUCAGAGCAAACACACCACGCCAGCCACUGAAUCGUGUUCAUGCUGUUUCGUGGUGUCGUGGUGCCAUGGUGAUGAUGCAGUACAGCGUGAUGGCCAACAAUUAUUGGCUGUUAGUAGAGGGCAUCUACCUGCACAGCCUGCUAGUCAUCACCGUGUUCAGCGAGAGGAAGUACUUCUACAUUUAUCUGUCCAUCGGCUGGGGUGCACCACUCAUAUUUGUGUUGCCGUGGAUCACAGUGAAAUAUCUCUAUGAGAACGAAGAGUGCUGGGAGCGAAACAUUAACAUGGGAUACUGGUGGAUCAUCCGUUCUCCUAUACUGUUUGCUUAUCUGAUUAACUUCUUCAUAUUCAUACGAAUUAUCAAAAUCCUGAUGUCUAAACUCAGAGCUCAUCAGAUGAGAUACACUGAUUACAAGUUCAGAUUAGCAAAAUCCACGCUGACUCUUAUUCCUCUGCUGGGGAUUCAUGCCAUCCUCUUCACCUUUGUCAUCGACGAGUCCGUCCCCAAAGGCUCCAUGCUGCGCCUUAUUCGCCUCUUCUGUGACCUUCUGUUCAACUCUUUCCAGGGCCUGCUGGUUGCCAUUCUGUACUGCUUCGUCAACAAAGAGGUGCAGUCAGAGAUGCUGAAAAAGUGGAAAAGGUGGAAGCUGGGUAAAGACAUUGACGAGGAGUACCGCCACACCCACAGCCACACGCCCCACGUCAAGAGUGGCAGCAUCGCUACAGGCAAUCUGCCCUAUCUCCAUGACAACAAUGCCAGCGACCCCGGCGGUGACUCGCCUCGCCUCAACAAAGCUGACAGAGACCCAUCCUGUUCUGCCGCUCCUGAAGAAAACCGCCGACUGGUCGUCUCCUACAGCAAUGGGACGGGGAAAGGCAGGGCCGCCAAGAGCAGACACACCCUGCAGUUCUCCUUCCUGCCACACCGAGGCGGUGGCAUUCAUGUGAGCACUACAACAGAAGAUGUGUGUCUGGACGAGAAGGCGCAGGGCUGCACGCAGCCUCUGGAAGGAGAGGAGACUAAUGUGUGAAGACAAACUGCUCUGAGGCCUCGUCACCAAAACUCUCGCUGAUUGUGCUUUUCGUUGCUUCGGAUCAGUGUUUAACAUGCGCAAACAAGACAGCCUGCGUGGGAAGAGGCCGAGGCAGUAACUCACGCAGAUCAUGAUGUUCUAACCUGUGCAGCUGCAAAUUCAUAUUUGUUGGUUUUGGGACCUUGAAAAGCAUUUAUUGACUUCAGAAAUGAGGAAUGAAAACAUUAUUUGAAAAGGAACUCUUUAAAAAGGAACUCUUGUUAUGGUCUAGUCCAGUGUGUGUGUGUGUGUGUGUGUAUGUGUAUGUGCGCAUAUGGAGGGCUGCCAUUUUGACACCAACCCUGCUCACAUGUUUCCAUCUGUAACGCUGCUGUUGUUGUGAGUCACGCUUGCAUUAUGAGUCUGUUUGCAGCAAUCAAAGCUUUUUUUUGUGGUACACUCCCACAGAAACCUCUCAAAAGUGUCAAUAUUUUUUUUUUUGGUUUCAUGAAACCGAAUGUGGACUUCAGUACGCGUGACUCGUGACGUCUUGUUCAUAGCAGCAUGAAGGGAUAGACUCACGGGAGACCACUGACUCUUAUCACACAGUACUGAGGCAGAGGAUGGAAGCUUUGAUCUUGAGAGAGACUGUAAUAUUAACUUAUUCUGGUUUUAAAUUACCAAAGCCAAACAAGAAAAUAAUAAUACAAAAUGAUAGGAUUUACUUCAAUUGGGUAAACCAGGCAACAUAUGCACUCAUUCAUUCACAUUCCUUUCUUUUUGUUUAUAAUAACCUCAUUCUUUGCCUUUUAACAGAUUUUCCUGACUGAAUGUAGUUGAACAAUGGAGAAAUAUGGGUCAAACGAUAUUUAAAUGUAUAUAUGUAACUAGAGACAUGCCCACUGCAUCUGUAUUUAUCCAGAAAUGGAGACUUUAUUUGAAUUCCUGACUUGUCAACAUGGAGACUUGGAGUAAAAAUUCAUACUUGACACACUUUAAAUUAACUUGAUGACAUGCAAUUUGUCAAUCGUCUCCUACAUCGUCCAUACAGCCUCAUAUUAUCUCAGUCCUACAGUAUUCUGUAGAACGGAGGAAAAUGCAAUACAUGAAGUAGUUCUGUACAAAAGUCUUUUUAUGUGGCACAAAGUUUUUUCAUUUCAUAACUUAAUGAGUGAAAACAGCAGCAUAUGACAAUGCAGGAACCAUCUUGAUAUUCAAUUGUUGUUUUUUUCUUUUCCAGAUCGGAUUGGAGCUCAUAUUUAAUGAUGUAGAAAGCGAAAUGUGCCACACAGACACUUUUAUAAUUUUUGAUUAGGAAAAAUUAUGAAAGU